AACAAAAUAAUUGGCAUGCUUUUUGAAAUACCCUCUUAUCCCUUCAACAACAACACACACAAGACAACGUGUCAGCCUUCAAUUUACCCAACUAUAGUUUGUAUACGCUGCAAUUCAGGAAAAAUGGCCAAGAGUCUAAGGAGUAAAUGGAGACGGAAGCGCUUGAGGGAAAAGCGUGUGCGAUAUGGCAAGAAAGAGCUCUUGUCACUCAUGUCAGUGGUGGAGAAGGCAAGGGCUGAAGUGGAAAUUAAGGAUGCUGUUGAAGUUGUAAAAGCUUUAGCAAAGAAAAAUGAUGAAACUACAGAUGGAAAUAUGCAAGUAACCUCAUCAACAGGAGAAGAGUUGCAACCCAAAGAACCAGACACCUUAACCCUUAAAGCUUUGAUUAAAAAGUCAGGCACUGCACCUAAGUGGGUUCAUCCUCGUAAAGUCAAGAAAAUUAAGAGACAGCAGAAAUCGUCCAAAACAAAGAAAAUAGAAGUUAAAAAUACAUAAGUAGCCACUGUUUACUGUUUACUUAUGUUGUUAAACUUGAAACUUUAGAUUUUAGGAACUUGAAAAUACAGUAAGUUAUGACAAAAGUUCCUUCUUAUUACAGCGCUGCCAUUGAACACUUCUUUUUUUCCUUGGUAUAGUACUGUAUGCUGUUGAACAUGACACAACAGUAAGUUUUGGAAAAGUUUUGAAAAUAAAUAUAUUAUACAGAAAAUUUUUUGAAGGGAAUAAAUUUACUUAAAUACGUACA